CCCCCAAAAUUCUGGGGGGGGUCUCCAGAGAGACCCCUCAGCAACCCACGGGGUCUUGGUGGGGUUUAGCCUCACAGGAGAGUGUCUGCCCCUACAACAAACACGAGGGUGCCCAGGGUGCCAGCCUUGGACGUCCACCCUUUGGGUCUGGGUGUCUGCAGCCCAGAUCCCUGUGCUCCCCAAAAAUCCACGUGGAUGUGUCCAUCGGGUCUGUGUGUCUGCAGCCCAGAUCCCUGAGCUUGCCAAUUACACCUAACGAAGUAACAAGAGCCCCGAUGAUUAAUUAUUGACAGGUGCAUCUAUCUCGAAGUCUAAUUUUGAUUUAAUUUUGGGGUGUCACCAGGCCCGGGGCAGCGGGGGCCGCCCUGACCUCGUCAAGGUCCCUCCAGGCCGAGCAUUCCAGGGUUCCAGCGCCCCGUGCCACCCUCUGUGACAUCAGCCCGGCGCGGUGGCACCACGGGUGACACCUGUGGCCUGGCUGUGCCACCCGCGCUGGCACCGAUGGCUCUGCUGUGGCUGCUCUGUGUCCUGCUGGCCCUGGCCGGGCCCGUGGGGGGCUCCUGGGACACCUGCAGAGGCACCUGCGGGCUCCGGCCCAUGGCCUUCGACCACAGCUCUGAGAUUCUGGACUACGACCCCCCUGACGGUGACUACGCAUCCUUGGGGUCUUCUGAUGUCACUUCCCUCGUCACAGGUGGCCCUGGUGUCCCCUCGGGCACCUGGCCUGGCAUCGUCAGCAUCCAGGCCACCUUCAAGAAUGGCACGUGGCACAUGUGCUCGGGGGCACUGAUCCACCCGCAGUGGGUGCUCACGGUGGCACAGUGCUUCUUCAGGUCUCGGGACAUCUCCCUUUAUGAAGUCGUGAUCGGUGCCACGGACCUGACCCAGCCGGGCCCCGAGGCUGCGGUGAGGCACAUCCAGAGGCUGCUGCUGCACCAGGGCUACGUGGCCACCACGGCCAGGAACAACAUCGCCCUGCUGGAGCUGGAGCAGCCCGUGGAGUGCAGCGACUACAUCCAGCUGGGCUGCGUGCCCGACAGCGCCCUGGCAGUGGCCGAGCUGAGGACCUGCUACAUGGCGGGCUGGAGAGCGGCCCCGGACAGCGCUCCCGGCCCGCGCCUGGCGCUGCAGGAGGCCAAGGUGCGGCUGAUGGACGCCCAGCUGUGCAACAGCAGCCGCUGGUACGGGGGGGCCCUGCACCCCCAGGACCUGUGCGCAGGGUACCCGCGGGGCGGCAUCGACACCUGCCAGGGUGACAUCGGGGGUCCCCUGGUGUGCAAGGACCACGUCGGUGACUACUUCUGGCUGGUGGGGCUGGCCAGCUGGGGCAAGGGCUGUGCCGGGGACAAGCGCCCCGGGGUGUUCACCUCCACCCAGCACUUCCACGGCUGGAUCCAGCUCCAGAUGAGAUCGGUGCCAGCAGACCCAGCCCCGACGCUGACAGCGCCAGCCCCGGCGCCCAGCCUGGUCCCGAUGCCGGCCCCGAGGCCCACGCUGAGCCUGGCUGUCAUCACGGCGUCACCAGAACCAGAAUCCGACACAACCAUCACAAUUUCCUUCCCCAAAGUCGUCCUGCUGAGAUUCUUCCAGGCUCUGCAGGACUUCUUGGAGUUCCUCAGGGACAAAGUGUGUUGAUGAGGAGGGGGAGCAGACCCAGUUGUGGCUGCAGAGGAUCUGCAGCAGUCCCAGCCGGGGCCGUGGCUGUGGUGCCCGGGCCAGCCCCGGGCCCAGGGCGGCCGUGCCCUGCCCACGCUGCGCCCGCCCCGGCGGUGAAUCCCGUUUGUUCCUCAAAUAGAGUUGUUCCUGUUCCCAGUUAUCCACCGUGUCCAGCUCAGUCUCCUGGGGAAAACAAGGA